AUGGCUGCUGAACGUCCUUCUACAGAAAUGGAUGCUUCUGAGCAAGCAUCAGAAGGUGCAUCUGCACCGAAAGGCUUCAACAAAUUUGCUCUUUGGUCAAAAGCUAUGGAUGAAAAAAAUUCAACAGAUUCAGGUUUAUUCUCCAUCAAUGAAAGUGAAGAAUUUCGAGAAUUGUGCGAGGCUUGCCGCCGAGGAGAUUUAGAAGUUGUUCGAAGUAUGAUUGAAAACUACAAUGUCCCAAUUAAUCAAGUUGAUAUCUUUGACUACUCACCACUCGUUCUUGCAAGUUUGUGUGGUCAUGAAGAGGUUGUGAAAUAUUUAUUAGAGAAUGGUGCAAUCUGCGAGCGCGAUACCUUUCAAGGAGAGCGUUGUCUUUAUGGUGCAUUGAAUGAUCGCAUCCGUAAGAUGCUGUUGUCUUACAACAUCACAAAGUCAGUAGAUGAGUCUCAACCAUAUGCUAGUCAUAUUACCUCUUUGCUCUCCAACUCCACUUUUCAUUUCACCUCUGACGUUACUUUUACUGGUAACAGUAUAUCUUUACCUGGACAUAAGUUUUAUUUAGCCUCGAGAAGUCCUUAUUUUAAAGGGAAAUUCUUGAAAUUGAGCGACGAGGGAGAGGUUCCUAUUAAGAAAAAUGAAAAAGAAUUGGAGACUGUUUUGCGGUUUUUGUACUUGGAUUAUCAUCCUUUGUUUGCCAAGCAAGAUGCAACAGCAUUGGUUUCGAUUGCCAAAAAAUUUUCCUUGAUGGACUUUGUCGAUUGUUUUGAAAACAAUCCAGAACAAAUGCGUUCACCAGAUUGGAGAAAGAGCCAAUUAGUACAGACGCAGAAUGAUAUGGGCCGUUUUAUGAGAGAAGUAAUUCAAAACUACAAGCAAAAGCUAUCGGAACCUACAGAAAACUUGUCGCGUCAGUGCGCUUUUCAUGACGCUUAUUUACAGUCAGAAACACAUCGCUAUCCCGUUCAUCGCGCAAUUCUAUGUAGGUCUGAGUAUUUUAUGGAUAUGUUCACGGGUCCUUUUUUAGAAGGUAAACAAAGUUUACCAACUGUUUCCCUCCCAUUUUCAAGCGAUAUUGUUGAAAUCGUUCUUGAAUUUUUAUAUUCAGACAAAGCCGAUAUCCCAGCCUUUCUUGCUUUGGACGUCAUUUAUGUUGCAGACAUGCUUUCACUCGAUAAAGAGCGAAGUUUGAAGUCUUUGGCUUCUAUUGCCAUUACUAAACAAAAAGAACCAAAAGAUAGUAUUUACGAUAUACUGCGAACAGCAUGGGAUACCUCAACUAUAAGAUUGGAGCAAUAUGCUUCAGAAUACAUGGCUAAUCAUUUGGAAAAAAUUAUUGAUGAUCCAGAGUUUCAUGAACUUGUCAACGAAAGUGCCGAUCGUAUUCUUCAUCGUCAGGAAACUGAUACCAUUGAACUUAUUGAUGAUAUUCGCUAUUUCCUGUCAAAACGCUAUGGUAUUUAUCACGAAGAUUUGUGCGUGGAUGGUUAUGUGGAUACGUUGACACCAUAUGAAAAAGAUUAUAAUCAAAGGAUGGAUAUGAUUGAAGAUUUGUUGAUGAAGCUCAAUUUAGGGGCUUGA